AUGUCAGCUUCCGAGCGUUACUGCAUCGGCUACGCUCUGCAGUCCAAUAAAGUGAAGACCUUCAUCCGACCUUCACUCCUCGACCACGCCGCCCACAACGGCAUCGUUCUCGUUACGAUCGACCCCACUCUCCCACUGACCGACCAAGCUCCUUUCCACUGCAUCCUCCACAAGGUUUACGACCAAAACUGGAUACAAAACCUCCGAGAAUUCACCACCAAAAGCCCUACCACUGUCAUCGUCGACCCUCCAGACCGGAUUCAGAGGCUCCACAACCGCAUCUCCAUGCUCGACGCCGUCAACCGAGUACGAAUCACUGAAAAAUUCGAUCUUGGCGUUCCGGAACAGGUCGCGAUUACCGAUUCCGACGAAUUGAAGAAGAAGAAGGAUCUCGAGCUGAAAUUCCCGGCGAUCGCGAAGCCGCUGGAGGCGAACGGCACAGCCGCGUCGCACGAGAUGUUUCUCGUUUUCAACGCCGACGGAUUGGAGAAGAUUCUGAAAGAAAGCAAAAAUGCGAUGGUGGUUCAGGUUUUCGUGAACCAUGGGGGAGUGGUGUUCAAGGUGUACGUGGUGGGCGAUCGUCACGUCAAGUGCGUGAAGCGGAGGUCUAUGCCGGACAUUUCGCCGGAAGAUCAUGGGGAUUCCGACGGCGGCGUAAUGCCGUUCUCGCAAAUAUCGAAUUCUAAUGAUGAAGUGAAUCUAAAUCUGAAGGAAGUAGAGAUGCCUCCUGAUGAGAUUGUGGAGGAGGUGGCGAGGAGUUUGAGGGAGGAAUUAGGGCUUCGUCUCUUCAACUUUGAUCUGAUCAGAGAUUGCAACGGCAAGUAUUUCGUCAUCGAUAUCAAUUACUUCCCUGGAUAUGAAAAGAUGCCUGAUUAUGAACCAGUCUUGACGGAUUUCUUGUUGGAUCUUGUCCAAAACAAACCAACUAACUAA